UCAAGCAACAAAGUAGGAAAAGAUAUCCGAUCUUUUCAGUUUUCAGAGAUGGAAUAUCAAUAUCUUGUGGGAGCAAUGAUCGUAGCUUCUGCAUUAUUAUUUGUAUUGUUGUAUAGAUCAGCAAGAACAAGAAAAAUGGGAGUUUCAAGGGAGGAGAAUGCCAGAGAUGAAAAAUGCCAUUACUAUGAAAACGGAAUAAGCCUGUCAGAAAAAUCCAUGAGUACUGAUAUAAUUAUUGUGGGAGCAGGUGUUGCUGGUUCUGCUCUUGCUUACACUCUUGGCAAGGAUGGACGAAGAGUGCAUGUGAUUGAAAGAGACUUGAGUCUGCAAGACAGAAUUGUAGGGGAACUCUUGCAGCCUGGUGGCUACCUGAAACUGAUCGAGUUAGGCCUUGAAGGUAAUCAAGAAAUGCAUAUACAUUCUAGCAAUCUUUCUGUCCAAGUCUCUAUUGCUAUCAGAUUUUUUUGCUCCAAUUCACAUCAUGUAUGCAUACUGCUUGCAGAUUGUGUAGAAGAAAUUGAUGCUCAACAGGUAUUUGGAUAUGCUCUUUACAAGAACGGGAGGAGCACUAAACUUUCCUAUCCAUUGGAAAGCUUUGAUUCAGAUGUUUCAGGAAGAAGCUUUCACAAUGGACGCUUCAUUCAAAGGAUGAGGGAAAAAGCUGCUUCUCUACCCAAUGUAAGAUUGGAAGAAGGAACAGUAACAUCACUAUUGGAAGUAAAGGGGACUAUCAAGGGUGUGCAAUACAAAACCAAAAAUGGUGAAGAGCUUACUGCAUCUGCUCCACUGACAAUAGUUUGUGAUGGUUGCUUCUCAAAUUUGCGACGCUCCCUUUGCAACCCCAAGGUUGACAUCCCCUCUUGUUUUGUUGCUUUGAUCUUGGAGAAUUAUGAGCUGCCAUAUCCAAAUCAUGGACAUGUUAUUCUGGCAGACCCUUCUCCGAUCUUGUUCUAUCGUAUCAGUAGCUCUGAAAUUCGUUGUUUGGUCGACAUACCAGCUGGCCAAAAACUACCUUCCAUUUCAAAUGGCGACAUGGCCAACUACUUGAAAUCUGUGGUAGCUCCCCAGAUUCCCCCUGUGCUAUCAGAAGCUUUCAUUUCUGCCAUUGAGAAAGGAAAGAUACGAACAAUGCCUAAUAGAAGCAUGCCUGCAGCUCCUCAUCCCACUCCGGGUGCUCUUCUUCUGGGUGAUGCAUUUAAUAUGAGGCAUCCUUUAACCGGUGGAGGAAUGACUGUGGCACUUUCUGAUAUAGUGGUACUGAGAAACCUUCUCAAGCCUCUUCAUGAUUUAACUGAUGCAUCAGCCCUUUGUGAAUACCUUAAAUCCUUCUACUCACUUCGCAAGCCAGUGGCAUCUACCAUAAAUACUUUGGCAGGGGCCUUGUACAAGGUGUUCAGUGCAUCCCAUGAUCCAGCUCGAAAUGAGAUGCGUCAAGCCUGUUUUGACUAUUUGAGUCUCGGAGGCGUAUUUUCAAAUGGACCCAUCGCUUUACUCUCGGGACUAAACCCUCGUCCAUUGAGCUUGGUUGCCCACUUUUUUGCUGUGGCUAUCUAUGGCGUUGGCCGCUUGAUAUUUCCAUUGCCUUCAGCUAAAGGCAUGUGGAUGGGAGCAAGAAUGAUAAAAGUUGCUUCCGGGAUCAUUUUCCCAAUAAUCAGGGCUGAAGGGGUUCAACAUAUGUUCUUCUCCAAAACCCUGUCAGCAUUUUCCAGAUCUCAGACUUCUUGAAAGCAAGAGAUUGAAAAGGGAUUACAGUCAAAGAAUCAUGGAAGCAUAGCAUUUUCUUUUCAAGUGAAGAACUAACAGUUGGAGAUUUGACAGUGCAAUGUACU